UUGGGAAAUUGUUUAAAUUGGCAUUCAUUUUUUCUACUGAUUACACUAAUAUAUAACUAGUGCCGAUUGUAAAUUUUACUUUUGGUUUGAUAAUUUUUUUUUACUUGAUCACCUUAAAUUGGUCGAGUGUCGAUUAUAAUAUAUCGACCUUUAAAAUAUAAUAAGUGUAAAAUUUUCUUUUAAAAAUGUACUGGUUUUAUUAUCGUAACCGAAUCAAGAGAACACAUAGUGGACGUGAUACAUUUACAAAUACUUCCGGUGCUAUACCAUUGACAUUUGCAUCAAGUCAAUUAUUAGCAGAAUUGGAAUCAUUACGUGAACAAAUUCUUACAAUAUUAAUCGAAGAUGAUGAUCCAGAUUCCACCAAAGAUGACAAUCUUGAGGAAAUUUUAAGAAAAUACUAUCAACUAUUUCGAGGUUUUAUUUAUUUGCCCACCGAAUCCAGUAUUAGACCAUCAUCAGCAUCAACAAAAAAACUAAAUGCUGAUAAAUCAAAAAUCUAUCAAGCAAUGGGAAAGUCACCAUUACGACGUUUAUUUCGUUUUAAAUGGGAUGAUUCAAUAACCGAUGCAAAAGUAUCGGCUAACGAUACCUUAUUUGAAUUGAUUUCAAUGAUCACUAAUCAUGCCAUUUGGCUGAUGCAUUGGUGUCAGAAUAUAUCUUUGAGUUUACCGAUGAAUUAUUUGCCACAACAUGUUCCCAUAAUGCAAAAAAUUUUUCGUCGUGCUGCUGGUGAAUUUCAAAUUGCAUUUCAAAUAUUUCAACCACAAUUACCUGAACAAUUGCAUAAUCGAAUUGAUUCUAGUAAUGUUAACAUUUUACAAGCAUAUUAUUAUCAAUGUUUAGCUGAAGGAUGGGAAUUAUGGUUUCUCAGAAUAUUACAAAAUAUGGUUGUUUUUCAAGACGAUCGUUGGAAAUUAAAACCAUAUGGUGGAUCUGUUGAUCCGAAAUCAAUUUCUAGAAUAGCAUCGAAUAUUUAUGAACAUUUCAAUCAAUCAAUGGAACGUAUACAAAUAGUAAAAACUGAAUUAAUUAAUCUUCAAAGAAGUUCUGAUGCCAAUUUCUAUAAUGAAUGGUUAGCAUAUUUAGAAAUAAAAUCCUAUUAUUUUCAAGCAUGGAAUUAUCUCGCCAAUAGCAAUGAACGUUGGCUUAUUGCGCCUGAACCAGGAAAAAUUCAACAACAAUUACAACAAGAGUUGAAAGAAAUUGAAAAACAUUAUACAGAGAUGAAAAAUUUCAUUGAAAAAUAUAAUUCAUUAAUGAAUAAAAGUCCAGAAAAUCAAAUCAACAAAGAAUCAAUGUUAGUUGAAUAUCGAUUAUAUUCACAAAUGCUACAGGAACAAGUGGACAAAUUGGAACGAUCAGUCGGUAUUAAUUCGCUUUUUGAUGAUCGUAUUCAAUCAACUAUGAUUCCAAAAGCUAUGGAACCGAUUCAAUAUCUAUUUCCUGAAUUUGAUAAAAUUUGGAACUCCAAUUUCUAUAGUGAAUUCGGUGUACAUCUACCGCGUGAAGCUGCAGAAGCACUUGCCGCACAAAUUAAACGUCAAAAAGAAAAAGAAGAGCGAAAAUUAGCUGAAAAAAACUCACCAAAGAAAAAACAGUCACCUUUCAAUAGGAUUUCAAGAAUAUUUAAACGAAAAUCACCACAUGUUAUUAAAAGUUUAUCAAGUAAAGCUAGUACGACUGAUGUAAAUUUUAAAUCACCAAAACCUUAUCUUUCACCAAGAAAAAUACCAUUUGGUCAUGAAAUUACACCUAUUCCUGUACCGGAUCGACAUGGUAAAAAUCUAUUAGCAUCAGCACCAUUGGUUAUACCGGAAUCGAAAGCUGAAGAAAUGUAUAAAAGCAAUAUAUCAUCAUCAUCAUCAUCACGAUUUCAGAAAAUAAUAUCAUCACCACGAUCUCAAAAACCGAUAUCACCAUCGAAUAGAUCAACUACUAAAAUACAACAGCAACGGCCAAAUAUAAUGACUAUAUUAAAAAAAAGUCAAGAUCUUAACCGAACAACGAGUUUGUUUGGUUCCCAAAUAAAUAGUUCGGCAGAAGUUUCGAAACAAUAACAAAAGAAUUAAAAUUAAAUUAUUUCAUUUUGAAUUUAUAAUGAUAAAUUUAUAUAUCAUAAG